UGUAGGGAUCAAGAGUGAGAGAGAGAAGUUUAGCGAAAUCAGAGAGAGCGAAAAUAUUGAAACAUGCAAAAAUGAGGAUAAGAGAGGAGAGAUUGGACGAAAGCAGAGAUAGAGAUGAAGAAGGCGCGUGGAAAAGGAGACGGACGUCUACCGGUAGUUAGCGGUAGCUGGGAUCAAGAGAGAGUGAACUCCGAGAGUGAAUCGAGAGAGAGAGAGUGUGAGAGAGGGAUAGAUCGUGAGAUCAGGGAGAGAAGACAAGUCAGGCGACAGGGAGAAAUAAAGGAGCCUCGGGUCAGUCUUGUGGUUGAUCGCAAAGAGAUCGGUUGAGCGUGAAACAACAACAACAAAAAAAAAAGAAAUUGAAAAAAAAAAAAAGCCUGAUAAAUAAUUAAAAUGUGUGACGAUUACGACAAUGGCGCAUGUCGCGACAGAGAAAUAACAAAAGCGAACGUUGACGCUUUGAUUCGGGCUUUGGAGAAAGAAAAGCAGAAGAACUCCUUUUUAGAAUCACUGUUAAAGGAUGGUUGCGUGAGUUCAACGAAACGACGAAAUGACUGGAUCGAGGAACCUUCCGACAACCAAUUGUUCGAAGCUACUCCUCGUGGAUGUUCUACAUUUCUUGAUUCUGGAACACAAUCCACCAACGAGGCUUCCAUGUCGGCGUCCAUGUCUUUCGCCACAUUGCAAAUUGCCGUUUGCCAACCGAAAGACGGAAAAGAAGAAGUGGACAAGACGACAUUCGAUAGAUGGAGAGAGUUAUUUGAAGCGGCAAUGGAGUUUGCGGGAAUUACCAGUGAAACUCUAAAAAUGAAUGCCUUUAAAAUGAAGGCAGGCCCUUCACUGUUGGGCAUUCUAGAAAGUACGUCGACAAAUGAUUCAGCCAAGGAUGCGAAACUAUUUCCAUACACUAACACAAUGGAUCGAUUAGAUCACUAUUUUAAUUCCCAUUAUUACGUGUUUCGUCAGCGUCAAAAAUUACGCACGAUGAACCAAAUCAAAGGUGAAUCGGACUACCAAUUCGUAAAACGAGUGAUCGAAUCUGGGAAAUUAUGUAAUUACAAGGAGGAACAAUUAAUCGAAACAAUUGUCGACGUGAUACAGGUGCAUGCUAUUAACCCCAAAGUACGUAUGGCAGGAUGGAAAAUUCUCAAAAAACGCGGAACAAUAACAGAUCUACUGGAAAAAGUUCGAACAUGCGAAAUAGAGAAAUUUAACGAAAACGCUUUCGCUAGAGACCACAGACAAAAUGAAACUACAUUAGAGGUUUCCGCUGUGUCGCAUAACACCAACGCAAAAAUGUCUCGCACUAGGGAGUUUCAACGUGAUUAUCCCUCAUACAAACAAAAACAUUGGGGUAUGCAGGAGAAUAGAGGCUUUAGCAAAGGCGAAUUUUCAAAAUUCUCCACGAAUCGUUCAUUCGGUAUUCGUCGCAUCCUGUGUUGGAGAUGUAGCAGCAAUACACACCAGCCAGAAAACUGCUACGCAAUAGAUAAAAGAUGCCGCCGCUGCAAUGUCAUAGGACAUAUAGAACGUGCGUGCCAUCCUGAUCUCUUAAACAAUAGCAAGCGCUAUCCGACAGAUGUUGUCGAACCGGCUGUACCUAAUAAAAUUCGGAAAAUUGCUGCUAUUACGGAAAGCGGUAUUCCUGGAAAGUCGGAUCACGAGCAAACAGCCGUAAGUGAGGCUUUUCCAACCGAAUCUGAGUAGAAAUCUACUUAUUUUUGUUUACUCUUUUACUCCAUUUAUUAUUUUUUAUGUAAUACAUCAAUAUACACUUUCCUAAAUUGGCGAUGAAAUUUAGAAUGAAUUUCAAUAAACCUACUUGAUUUAAUGAAUAGAUGAACAAAUUCCUUGAAUUCAAAUAUAAUAUGCAAGUUGUGGCGUUAAAAAAAAAAAAAAAUUAAAAUAAAACAAAAAAAAAAA